AUGUCGACCAGGUGUAUUCUCGGUGUGUUGUUGAUGCUGGCAACGUCCUGUGACGGCGUGGACAGACACUACUACAUCGGGUGUGUGGAGAUCCUUUGGGACUAUGCGCCAUCGGGGGACCUCGUGACGCCCACCAGAUUCAACAUCACCAGCCCAUCCAGCCAGUACCUGAACCAGGGCCACCACCGGCUGGGACGGGUGUACAAGAAGGCGGUGUACAAACAGUACACAGAUGCCACAUAUUCGGUAGAGAUAGAGAAGCCCAAGUGGCUGGGAUUCCUUGGCCCCAUCCUGAAGGGAGAGGAAGGAGACACGCUCCUGCUGCACUUCAAGAACUUCGCCUCCCAGAGGUACUCCAUGCAUCCUCACGGUCUGUUGUACGACAAGGCGAGUGAAGGUGCUAAAUACCACGAUGGCUACCAUAACCUGACCUCGGAUGACCUUGUGUGGCCGGGGGGCUCCCACACCUAUCGCUGGGAGAUCAACAAACAGGCGAGCCCCAGCCCUCACAGUCCCGGCUGUAUAUCCUGGAUCUAUCACUCCCACGUCGUUCCCACCAACGACACCAACGCCGGCCUCGUCGGAUUCAUCUACGCCUGCAAACCAGGCAUCCUAAACAAGACGUCGAGUCGACGCCAAUACGCCAUCUACGCCAGUCAGAUGGAUGAGAACAGAAGCUGGUACAUGCAGGACAACCUCCACAUGUUCGGCGGCAACGCCAGCACCGUCAACAACGUCAACAUCAGGGACGGCCGAUUCAGACGCUGGAACAUAAUGUCAGCUCUAAAUGGUUAUGUAUACGGCAACCUGCCCGGCCUUGACGCCUGUGUUGGGGAAACGGUCACUUUCCAUUUUGCUGCCAUGGGUCACGCCAAGGACAUGCACCAGCUGAUCAUCAGCGGCCAUUCUUUCAAACAGUUUGGUCACGUCCGCAACAGCAUCAGCCUGGAGGUGGCCCAGUUCGCCACAGUGACGGUCAAGGCUCUGUCCGUGGGACGAUGGCUGUUGUAUGAUGAAGUGAUGAGUGGUAUGACCGCUUUCUUCAAUGUCGGAACAUGUACCCACUUCCGGCCUAAAUCCAAGAUGGCGCCACCUCGAAAUGUCCGGCGCUUCUAUAUAGCUGCAGAGGAGAUUCUAUGGAAUUAUGCUCCGUCUCACAGAAACAAGAUGUCUAAAACCUAUUUCGAGAAAAGCCGUAAGAGGAUCGGCGGCACAUACAAGAAGGCCGUGUUCACUGGGUAUACUGACAAAUCCUUCAAAAUACAGAAACAGCGGUCAUCGGAUGAAGAACAUCUUGGUUUCCUCGGUCCUGUCAUCAAAGCUGAAGUAGGGGACGCCAUUGAGGUGCACUUCCUGAACCGAGCGAGUCGGCCAUACUCGAUACACCCACACGGUGUGCAGUGUGACAAGGAUAACGAGGGGCUGUUGUACAACGACAACCAUCCAGAGACGUCCAAGAGGUUAAUCACGCCGGGACAAGUACGGACGUACUACUGGGAGGUUCCGGAAGACCUCGGACCAGAGAGGGACGACCCUAACUGCGUGAUCCGUGUCUACACGUCCGGCACCGACAUCAGCCACGACAUCUACAGCGGACUGGUGGGACCCCUUGUCAUCUGCAGAAAAGGAGAAAUACAGAAGAGAACAGUAGAUCGUGAAAUCUUCCUCUACUUCUCCAUAGUGGACGAGAACUUCUCCUGGUACUUGGAAGACAGCAUUAAGCUGGCGAAGGUCGACCACAAAGUAAACAGAUCGGACACACAGUUCUUGGAGUCCAACAAGAUGGCCAGUAUAAACGGCUAUAUGUACGGGAACCUGCCCGGCCUGUGGAUGUGUAGAGGGGACGUGAUCCGCUGGUACGCCUUCAACCUGGGUUCGGAUCUGGAUCUCCAUACUCUGUAUAUCCAUGGCAACAUGUUCGAGAACCACCACCAGCACAAACUGUCUACAGGGAUGAUAUCCGGGGCUCUCAAGACUCUCAUCAUGGCGCCCAGGAACAUAGGCACGUGGGGUUUACAGUGCCACUCCAACGACCACUUCUUGAAGGGGAUGACUGCCAUGUACCAGGUCCGGGAUUGCCCCUUCAGAUCCCCCACCCCCUCCCAACGAGUCCGCGGGGGUCAGGAGAGGGUCUUCUACAUACAGGCGGAGGAACACGUGUGGGACUACACCCCACACCACAUGGACGUGGUGCAGGGGGUUCCAUUCAUCACUCCUGACAGGAGAGGGACCGUCUACACAAACCGUACUGGAUAUUUAUUGGGAACAAAAUACAAGAAACUCUUCUACCGGCAAUACAAGGAUAAAGGGUUCAAAUUCCCAGUCAAGCGCAUGCCAGACGAGACAUAUUUGGGCUUCCUAGGACCCGUGAUCUAUCUGGAAGUCGGGGACAUUUUGAGAAUAGUGUUCAGAAAUAAAGGACGACGUCCAUUUUCCAUUCACCCGGAAGGGCUACAGAGUACCACGGCCAGGCUCGGACCAUGGCGGCCGGAACAACGCGACGAGGAAGUUGUUGAACCCGGCAAGACCUUCCGCUAUCAGUGGGAGGUGACCCGUGCAAACGGCCCGGGGCCAUUCGACGCCUCCUGUGUGUCCCGAAUGUACUACUCGGACGUCAACGCCAUUAAAGACACCAACUCGGGCCUCGUGGGACCCCUUAUUAUAUGUAAAAGUGGGAUUUUGGACAAAUACGGAAAACGAACGGACGUGGAUAGGGAUUUUGUUGCGUAUUUUACUGUGAUCGAUGAGAACUUUAGUUGGUACCUUGAGGAGAAUAUUGCGAAGUAUUCCCCACGACCAGAUCUGGUGGAUCGGAACAACAAGAAUUUUACAAACAGCAACAGACUGCACGCAAUCAAUGGCUACAUCUACGGCAACCAGCCAGUACCGACGAUGUACAAAGACGAAGACGUUGCUUGGUACCUAUUGUCCCUGGGGUCACAGUUUGACCUUCACUCCGUUCAUUUCCAUGGCAACCUUGUCACCGAGUUCAGUGACACGGAGAGAAAAAAUGACGUCACUCAGAUCUUCCCGGGAAUGUUCGUAACUGUGCGCAUGCGUGCAAUAAAUCCCGGACGGUGGUUGUACCACUGUCAUGUCAACAACCACAUCAAGGCCGGUAUGGAGGGGAUGUACCAAAUCAUGGACAGGAAAACACGGUGAGGGCCAUCAGGAUGGAUGUCUCGAACAUCUAGAUCUGCUUCAUUCGAGACAACCAGACUAGACAAUUCCUUGUGUCGUGUUGCGUCCCUGAGCCUGCAGGAUCUGCUGUGGAGCUGAUUCGUAUUUGAUGCUGACCUCUUGUUUGUCAGCAACACAUCCCAGGUCGUUUGUUCCAGCUACGUCGUAACCCUCUGCAGCAUAUUCAUGACGUCAUUAAGUUCCAACGCCAUACUGUGUUGACUGACAUAGUGUUCAAAGCUACAAGGGCUGCAUUUUUUAUGUGUUUCACGUAGCCACCAAAUUCUGAAUAUGGGUGGGUCGGUCGAAAAAUUAUAAAG